GGUAAGAGCAGACGGAGCUCAAAUUCAUUUCUGCUGCUGCUGUUGGAGGCGCAGCACAUUGCAAAGGCAUAACAUGACUGGCAACGACCCGGGACACACACAUGGCUUUCAAAUGGAUUACUCUCAUAAACAGCUGUGAACUACAACACAGCAAGGACAACACAAUCAGCAGCCACACUGAGGACUUACACAGAUCUUCCAGAACUUCUUUUUUAACACUGACCAAAAAAAGUUUAUUGAAGAAACAUUGAUUUUUUUUUUUACCCCCCCCACCUUAAUUCAUUCAGGAGUGGAUUGAAGAUGUGAAUAUUGUAGGUAAUUUUUUUUGUAUCACAUCUUGCACCAGUGAAGUAGAUCACAAGUGGAGACAAGAGCAAAACACGCCAAGAGAAAAGGACACGCGUGAGAAAUCUUACCAUGCACUGACAACAAGGAAUGGAAAGCAUCAGCGUGGAAACGGACUGGGAUGGGUUAGGCCUCUCCUCCUCUCUGGGCGUCGGCGGAAGGAGCAACUUCUCUUCCUCGUUCGUGUCUGAGCUGAACACGUUCAAUACUUCUCACAGCGGGGGAUCCCUCUUUGGACUCUUCCCCGAGAAUGGCUCCAGCACCACGCCUCGCACCCUUCCCCAGCCCAGGGUGAGGGACCUGGGCCUGGCCCGGGCCGAGAUCGCGGUGCUCGGGUUGGUGCUGGCUCUGACCACCCUGGGGAACAGUUUUGUGUUGUGGGUGCUGCUGAGGAGACGGAAGCACAAUGCACCGAUGCACAUAUUCAUGGUGAACCUGUGCGUGGCCGACCUGGUGGUGGCCCUCUUUCAGGUUCUUCCUCAGCUCAUAUGGGACAUAACAGAAAGAUUUCAGGGCCCUGACUUGCUCUGCCGGUCCAUCAAGUACUUGCAGAUUGUGGGCAUGUUUGCUUCCUCCUACAUGAUAGUUGCUAUGACGGUAGACCGGCACCAUGCCAUCUGCUGCCCACUGCAGGCCUACCGUGGGGGAGUGAUGUCCCGCUGGAACACCCCUGUCAUGGUAGCUUGGGGGCUGGCAUUGGUCCUCAGCAUACCGCAGGUAUUCAUCUUCUCUCGCUCAGAAGUGGCUCCUGGAGAGUUCGAGUGCUGGGGUCACUUUGCCGAGCCGUGGGGGCUGAAGGCCUACGUCACCUGGAUGACGGUGGCUGUCUUCCUCCUGCCCGCGCUCAUCAUCACCAUCUGUCAGAUAAGAAUCUUCCGCGAGAUUCACAACAACAUCUACCUGAAGUCAGAGAGGAUGGUGAUGGCGGAACUCAAGAAGAGCGAAAUCUUCUUUCGCUUCCACAGCUUCAGGAAGGAGGACGAGCGGGCCAGGGAACGGGGGAGACGGGCGUCCGGGGGAGGGGGCAGGGACGGGAGAGGAGGGCAACUCCUGAAGGGUGCAAAUAACAGCCCCCACAAUAACACCCAUAACAGCCAAGUGGGAGAGUGUUAUGACUAUGUGCCCUCUGCUAUUCAAUACAACAGUUGCCACAGUGAACAUGUGGCAGCAACAACAGCAGCAGCAUCACCGACACACCAACAAACCCUCAACAGUUCAACAGAGUGCCAGGAGUCCUACAGUAACUCUCCCCGCUGCUCGCUCGAUUACGCCCCCCCUCCCCCUCCAGCCACCCCCCCUCCGAGCAUCACUAAAGCCAUGGCCAAGACAGUGAGGAUGACCCUGGUCAUUGUGUUGGUCUACACGAUCUGCUGGUCACCGUUCUUCAUCGUCCAGCUGUGGGCUGCCUGGGACCCCAACCCUCCAGACCAAGGAGUGGCCUUCACUAUCCUGAUGCUGCUGGCCAGUCUGAACUCGUGCACUAACCCGUGGAUCUACACAGCUUUCUCCAGCAGCGUUUCCAGAGAGCUGCAGAACCUGCUACACUGCCAGUCGCGACCCAGCCGCCGGGGGUCCCUGCCCGACGACUCCACCACUACACACACCUCAACCACCAAGGACAGCCUGUACUGACAGAGGCUGAUGAGACAGAAACAGACACACAGAGACGUGCUUGAAAACACACGCAUGAGUGCACAUGCGCCCGUUGCAAGGAUGUGCUGUUGCACACAGCUGCAGCAUCGCUGCCUGAGAACAGCCAGCACUGACCUCUGCCAGAUGUUUUCCAUGACAAAGGACAGCUGUACUGUCAGCAGGACCUCAGUCUGUAAUCACCUGUCCUCUCCACCUCAGCAGUAAGGAAGGAUGUCACUGAACCUGUCAACACCACAUACAGCCUCUCAGAUCAUCCGCAAUGCAAAAUGACAUGAAAAGUAAAGAGUAAAGAGAGUAGAUUUUCUCUUCAGUAGCUGUUGAGUAGGAACUUGCGCAGUUAUUCACGUGAAAAAAAAAACUCCUGCCUUGCUCAGACAUAGCAGAGCAAAAGGAAUGCAAGGAUUGUUGCAUUAAUGGCCUUAUGGCACGCCUGAUGUACAAAGCAGCAGACAAAGCUAUGGGUGUGGAGAAAACUAAGCAGCAGGAUAAGUGAAGAGGGAAAGAAUCACAUGCAGACAGCAUGAGGGAGUGAAACUGCUGCUGGGCUGGAAAGAGACAGAGGAUGUGAGGGAUGUUACAGCUGCUGGAACGGUCCUGAGAAGGCUGUAGUUGAAAUCUAAUAAUGUGAACAAACUUUGUUAUAUCAAAGAAAGUGAAUUAGAGACGGAUGCUUGAGGCUGAAUAUAUAUCCACUCAGGAGAAAUUCAGUCCCGAGGAGCAACAGCGAUGUAUUAGAAAGACGGACAGAUUCACUCAGGAGGACGGUGCAGUUGGGUCAAGACUCUGCCCCGAGAGGACCUGGAAAAAUGUGGAUUAACAGACGGAAAAAGACUCUCACAACACUCACAAACAAACAAGAGUGACAGUUAGUGCCUGGAAGAAUACAAAUGAACAACCCGGGUUUCCACAACCAACUGGGACACAAUUAUGUGAUUGUAUUUUGUACAAACACAGCAUAUGAGGUACAAAAAAUGACCUUCCGUCAUGCUCUCCGGAGAGAGAACAUUAUUCAGAAGACAUGGGAAGGAAACAAAUGAGAAACAUUCAACAACUACAUUCCAUGUACAGUGAUGAACAAUGUAAAGUAUAUUUAUUGAAAAUGUAAGGCACAUUAUUGUGUAAGAUAAAAGUGGAUGUAAAGCUGUAGUGGUCCAAGGUAUGUAGUAGAAAACAAGGAGAUAUCGAACCAAAGAUUACUUUUUUAAAACUUGACUUUACAGGUCUUAACAGUGAAGAUGUUACGAAGCUUCACCAGGAAAAAACAGACAAGAGAAACCACAUUAUUUUAGCUGCAAACCUAUUAAAAAAAAGACUUUACAUCAACAGUGAAAAUACUCCAAGUCAAAACUAAGUGCCUGCGAUGUCAGUAGACAUUUUUAGAGGGGCCUCCCUCACUGGUUUAAUCCUCAAUGAUGUCAGCCGUGUUAUUCUUAGAGCUACCGCCACAGCAGGGAUCAUAGGAUGUGUUAUAUCACACCAUGUGUUCACUUCUCCUUUUAUUUAUUGUUGUAUAAAUGAAAACAAACACAGACAUAUACAUAUAUAUACAUAUUUCAAUUCCUGUUACUGCCUUUCAGGUGUAGCUUUUAUAUAGAACUUUCUCCAUGUAAACAGUAAUGUAUUAUGCCCCUCAACUGCAUGACAGACUUCCAAUAAUAAUCUUAAGACUUUUUUAAAUAAAUAUAAAAGCAUAAUUAUAUAAGCUACUGUACAUGCAGUAGAUGUGAUAACGCUAUGUGUAUAAAAUAUGAUUAGAAUUCACCGUAUUUGGUCAAACUAUCUAUUUCAGAUUAGAUGUUCCUGAGCUUUUUUCAAUGCUGUUCACACACAGUGAGUCAGUUCAGCAGACAUCCUUUUCAUGAGAAAACAGUGUUAUGUGAGUCUGCGGGACAAUGCUGGGAUGCUUUCAAGGUGUCUCUGGAGUACUUGUCUGGGGUCGAAGGAGAAGCCUCACCUUUUCCUCUGUGCGGUGUGGUGUUUGGGUUUUCAGCACGCCACCGUGCAUUUGCUCCCCAGACACAAGGCUCCCCUUUGAUCUUCGGCCAGAACUAAAGGCUACAGCAACACUGUCCCGCGUCUCACUUUGUUAUAUCAGGAAAUAGAUGAGCUUCUCCCAAACCUUUAGGGUGUUCAUGUAUUUUUCCUCUUCCUGUCAGGAAGUUGAGAGGUCAGAGGAUGAUUCUUCUCUGAUGACUGGGCCAGACUUCCGAAUGAGGCCAAACGCUUCAACUGUUUUCCGCAGCCAUUAGUGAGCAUUAACAUGCCUAAAUAAUGAAUGUCGACGAGAAUUUCCUGGAACAAACACCACUAAAUAUCUACUAAAAAUACACCAUUGCAGAGAAUUACCCCCAUGACCGCAUAUGUUGUUUCCUGAGGAUGAAAGACUGACAGUGGUUGUUAUCACCGCAACCGUCAUCAUCCCUCCCCUGUCGCAGCGUAUGAUAUAUGACCAUAGGGUAGGUCGUUGCUUUUUUGUAAUCUUGCAGCGUGUGUGGGUGUGUUUAUGCUGAAUGUCCUAAUGCUCAUGGUUUCCAUACUGAAGCACGUCGACACUCAAGGUCACUCCUUCAUUACAGCAUCGUGGCAUUUCUUGCCAGGCUCGCGGCUGCGCUGGGGUGUAAAGGAAGUAAAUGAUCCCUCAGUGUGGCUGUCACAAGGGCAAGACAGCUUCCCUCUUCAGAUCAGUUUGAGGUCAGUGACGGAGUGCAACCUGUGAUACUAAAGAAUGACAGAGCUCCCCAGCCUUGACCACAGUCAGAAUAAAUCAGACCUGGAGCCAGGAGCUUUACUGUACUGAGCAAUGUGUCUGCAUUGCUUAACCCAAGACCCCUCCACAGACCUGAUGACUCCUGAGCCUGCUACUAAGCUCAUUCCAAGACACCGGGAGGUACAUGUAGCCCCGGACCGACUUACACAACACAACUCCAGUGUCUGUGUUUGGAGAAUCUUAACUUAUAAGAAAAGAAAGCUGACCGAUUUAGCUUCGCACAAAUCUCUUUUUUUUUUUUGUUUCACUUUUCUCGCCCUUAAAUUUGACCGUUUUUAUACCCUUUUCAUAUCAAAGCAGCUGGAAAAUUAGUGGGGGCACUUGUUGCACACAAGACUUUCAUGUGACAUCUGCAUCCAUCGCUUUAACUUACAAAACACAGCUUGACUGCUGCCGCUGCGUUCAAGGUGAUUUUUUGCUAAAUAUAGCCACACAUUUAUUUUAUUGCCACUAAUUAUGAUUCCACGCAAACCUCAGCUCAUACUUUGCAGAAUACAAAGUCUUUAUUGAUUGAAAGGAGGUUAAUUCUCUGAGAGGCAAGAGGAUCAAGGAUAUGCUUUUAUCACUUUCACCCACCUUGUUUUCAUUACUUAAAGCGUGGUUGCGUUUACACCUCGAUGAGAUCCUGCAGUUUUUUCUCUCCCCCUUCAUAGUAAAAACAGGCAUGUGGACAGUGUCUGAUAAAAACAAAUUUUAUGGGAGCUCAUUCAGCAUGCUUUCACAGGAUUUAUGCGCUAAGAAAAAAGGUUUGCUGUGAUGUGUCUGCUCCUGUUUAACCUACAGUAUUUCAUGGCUCCGGGCCAGCUAUAAGCAGAAAAUGAAAAAGAUGCUCCACACCGGCGGCUGACUUUCCAAAUGUGGAGAGAAUGUCUUAUAUGAUGGAGAAAAAGAGAGAAUUUUCCCCAUAUAUGGUUGGUUCUAAACUGGCAAUUGCAAUGACACGCAAAGCGGAUUAGAGGAUGCCCAAACAGGACAGGAAGAGGGAGAUAACAAGAGAGGGGAGCACAAAAGCUUGGAAGUGACUGUGAGUUUAUGCACUCCAACACAAACUGUUUUGGUUGAAGCGGCGAUACAUCUAACACGCCUCCCUGUACGUACACGUCCACCAAACCGCCAGAACAAUGACUGUUAUGGUAGUGAAGGAAGGGGGAGAUACCAUCUGCUGUCUGAUUAUUGAAUUAGUUUGCAGUUUGUUGACCUUGUUCUGCAUUGCAAAAAAAAAAACAAAAAAAAAAACAAGUGGGUAGUAUGAACAGCAAAAACUAUUUUUAUGGCACAGACAGAAAAGUGUGACUUCAUGUGAGAAUCAUCUGUGCGACGCCAGUUUCCACAUUGCUGAAUCCCACUAAGCCCAUCGGUGUCUGCCCCUGGAGCUGGUGUUUUACACACCUCUGUCAAAGCCGCUUUUUUCUGACUCACAGCACACACACACACACACACACACACUCAGAUUCUUACAAUAACUCUCAGUUUGCAGUAAAAUGUAAUAUUAAUAACAAAGAUACUGGUAAUAACAAUGACAUAUAUGCAGUACCUUUUUAAACAAGCUAUGUUUUGCAUCAGUAAAUUAGGAUUCAAACCCUGUAUUGUGUAAUCAUACGAACAGAAAUGUGAUUCUGUUUACAUGACCUUGUAUAUUAACAUCUAAAACAGAAAAUAUAAAGAUGAAUAAUUUACCGCUGA